AUGGUGGAUGUGUUCAGCGGCCGGCUCCUGGUCAGCAAGGACGGCCGCAGCGUGGACCCCGAAGAAGCCCUGCAGAACAAAGUCGUGGGCUUGUACUUCUCCGCCGGCUGGUGCUCGCCGUGCCGCGACUUCACCCCUGUCCUCUGCGACUUCUACACGGAGCUACUGGAGGAGAGCGAGCCGCCCGCCCCCUUCGAGGUCGUCUUCAUCUCCUCCGACCACAGCGCCGAGGAGAUGCUGGGCCACAUGCGCGCCAUGCACGGGGACUGGCUGGCGCUGCCCUUCCACGACCCCUACAAGCAUGAUCUGAAGAAGAGAUACAACAUAACAGCAAUUCCUAAACUUGUGAUUGUGAAACAAACUGGCGAAGUCAUUACUGACAAGGGAAGAAAGCAGAUCAGAGACAAAGGGCUGUCCUGUUUCCGGAACUGGCUUGAGGGUGCAGAUAUCUUUCAGAAUUUUUCUAGCUAA